GGAGGGGAAAGAUAGGACAAGCACAAACAUCGCUGGAGAGAAGAGGCUGGAGAAAGAAGGCUAGACCUUCACAAAACACGAACAACACAAUCACAAGCAAAACCUAAGAUGCUGAAACAAGAAAGUCCUGUAAAUGCUGCUUAUGGAGGCCAGCCUGGAGGAGUGCACUCAACCUUACGCAUUCUUAGCAACAGCCAGAGAAAGUGCGAGAAGGAUGGCAACUUCAACUUUGUGGGUCAAGAUGACAGUGGGCUGACAGGAGAUGACAACAGCAACCAGAUGCCUCGAUCUCUGGGUCUGGGUCGCUAUCCACCCUCUUCUGGUACCCACUAUGGAGCUGGACCCCUCUCUCCUCUGUCUCGUCUGCCCUGCUGGAGCCCGCUGGAACCUCUGCCUGAAAUCGACAGCGGUGAAGACACUGGAGGCAGGGUGCCUCCUGAUGGAGCAGAGGAGGGCAAAAUAGAUGAAGAGAUGAGGAGAAUGAGUAAAAACGAAAAGGGGCAGGGGCCAGACAACCUCAUGAAAGGAGAAGAACAGGAGCAGGACGAGAAUGAUGAGGAGGUGCUGGAAUGGGAAGAGAGUGAUGAAGAAUUUGAGUUCAGUUACAGGUCAGAGAGCUCUUCAGUAUUUGAGAGUGGAGACGGCACUGGAGCAGACUCAUUCGGCUCUGUAUUGGACCGCAUCUGUGUGGGAGGUUCAAACUCAGAAAAUGGUGAUGCGAACACAAACCAAGCUGGGCAACAAAACCUGGAAGAGGAAAGGAAGGCAGAGGAGCACCGUCAGAGCCGUAGAGGUUCCACAGACUCAGAUAGCGACCCCAGCUCAGAGCUACCUGGACUCAUGGAGGCAGUCUGGACCCUGGAGGACCGUGAGCGGUUCAAGGCCCAAGAGAUGGAAAAACACCAUGUUCAGCUGACCAUGUAUCGCAGACUGGCUCUGCUUCGCUGGGUGCGAACACUGCAGGAACGUGUUGAAGAACAGCAAAACCGGCUUCAGUCCAGCUUCGACAUCAUCCUCACCCACAGGAAAGAGCUGCUUCGUAUGGGUGCAACUGCAGCAACUGUCAGCCAGUAACAGCACAAUUAAAUUCGAGAUGGAAGUUCACAUCAUACACGGGAUGGAAGACCUCCUCUGCUUCUUUUAGACUCUUAAUCCAAAUUAUCUCAAGGAUAACCCAAGUGUCACUCUGAAGUCGUCUGUGUUAAUAUCUUUCAUUACUUGAUGUCCUGCUGUCAACAAUCGUAUUUGCAUGGCUGUUGUAUUUAUUAACAGUGUUUGCUUUUGUAAACUAAUUUAAAAGAUAAAAAAUAUGGGUCUGUCUUAUAAAACGCUUAUGUAAAAAGAUGUAAAAGGUUUAUGAACAUAAUUAUAUUAACAAUAUAUCAGAUUUCUCUUUAACUGUGUAUGAAUAAAUAAAUAUUUACAUUUCA